AAAAACGUGCAGUAGUCAAAGUUGCUAUUGCAAGAUUUGAUAACGGCGGUAAUGUAAAAGGAGUUUCUGGUGAAGUCCGGUUUGUACAGAUUUCAAAAGAAAUCACACGUAUAACUGGACAAUUCAACACUGGUUUUAUAAGUGAAAAUAAAAAUGAUUACGAAUUCUUCAUUGUUAAUAAUGAUGGUAGAGUAAUAGUCAAUCUUACUGAUGAAAUUAGAGAUCAAUUGAUUAUUAAUCGUCCUGGAACCGGACCAUUCGAAUUUGACAAAAAACUCAAAGUUAGAGAUAUAGUGAGUUUAUUGUUCGCUCAAGACGAGGAUGGAGAAGAAAUUGGAAGUAUGCGAAUCAAACCUGAGCCUGAAUAA